CACCUCCAAAGGGGACUUGGUUUGACGUUUGGAUUUCAGUAUAUUGGGACUGUGUAGAUCAAGGUACUAGUAGGAUAUCGUGUAUUUCUGAAGAUAUACACUAUCGAGGUCUAAACAACAAUAAUGUGUAUCCUCCAGGUAGUUCAAGUCAACGUUAA